CUGUGCUUUCACUUUACUGUUUUGACGUCGGUACCUGCGAUAUCAAUGAGCCUGAUUUAAUGAACAAAUUAAUAGACCCCUUGUUAAUUGUUUGCUUAUAUCGAUUCUGAUUUAUUCAGUGCAAACGGUCUGUUCUGAUGAAGUGUUUUCAGAAUCAGAAUCAGCUUUAUACACCAAAUAUGUGUGCACAUAAAAGGAAUUUGACUCCAGUUUUCCUUUGCUCUUAAAAUAUUUACACAAAAACACAUACAUAUAAAUUAAAGCAAGUUUAACAAAAAACAGUAAUGUUAAAGUACUUUGUGCAGCUAUUUGUGUAAAAAUGAACCAAAGUUUAAAGCAAAUUAUGCAGAUAUUGAUGAUACCGGAAUAAAUACACUUUAUAUGCAUGAAGUAAAACAUUUAAUACAUUUUAACAAUAUAAGGAAAUUCAGAUAAGAAAUGAUGUAUAAGAAAAAAAUAUAUUGUGCAUGUCUUACAUCAUCUUCAAAAUAUGGAACUCUGAAAAGAGUUUCUUUACUUUUUGUUGUUCAUUUUAUUUUAUUUCCUUUUAUUUAUUUACAUUGAAAUGAAGCUUCGUUCGUCUAAAUAAAAAUUGACUGAGUAUAGAUUUUAUUAGGUAUAUUUGACUAUUAUUUUUGACACAUCUCCCUUAAUUAUCAACUAAAAAAUAGAAAAAAUAAUUAGGUCUGGCCAAAUCAGAACCAAAAUAAAGACAUGUGAGUUGCAUGUGAUGAAAACAAGCCUUGUCAAAAAGCAAACAAAUUAUUUCAGAUUUUCUCAACCCUGAAUAUGUCGAGUACCUCAAAAGGGAAUUGUUACUUGUCAGGAAAAUUCACAGAAGAAUUGAGGAUUUGUGGUGAAUCAAGGUUUCUCUCUGUCUGUUUUUUUGGUUGACCAGUGGAGUGCGUUAAAAUAAUACUUAAACGCUUUAUUUUGCUCCCCUUCUUCUUCUUUUUUCAAUUUUUACAGAUGGUACUAAUUUUAGUAGGUAUAUUUAACCAGUAUAUGGUGAAGCAUCUUCCAUAAAUUUUGGCAAUAAGUUGUAAAAAUAAAUAAAUAAAUAGGUUUUUGCCACAUCAGAACCAAAAUAUUAAAAAGUAAUUGGAUAAAAUAAGUCCUGUAAUUUAGCAAACAAUAUUUUUUUUUCAAAUAACAAAAAAACUCAAGCUUGUGUAGGUUUAAGUCCUCACAAAUGGAUUAUUUAUGACCGAGAAAAUUCCUAAAAUUAAUAAAGAAAAUGAGUCUGCAGUUUGAAAAAAUAAUAAUAAAAAAGCAGUCACUCUUGGAUUCAUAAAGUAUUCUGAAAUUAUUAAAUGACGCCACAGACUUUUAUUUUGCUGCCAGUCGUCGCCCCUUACCAUGAGUUUGCGGUAAUACCACCUUAAAAGCAGCUCGCCCUGCAGGGGCUGGUCUCGUCCCUCCAGUGGUGGAACUUGUUGUGAGUGUUUUUUCAGUUGGAGAGGAAUGGCAGAAAUGAGCAGAGCCUCGGUCCGGGUCGCAUGUUGCUCCUUCAGCCGGUUUUAAUGUUGAAGGGGACGCAGGAUUCAAGCUUCAGCUGCUGCACAAACUUUGAACCUCAUCUUUCCAUAUAGUUGUGAGUUAUGACGACAGAGCAGAAAGAUGUCGACGCCACGCUGGACCCUCUGUUCAUCCAGGAGAGCGGGGAAGCGUACAGAAACCCCACCGAAGUGCAGAUGAGUCAAAUCGUGCUGCCCUGCCACGCAAACCACUGCGGGGAGCUGAGUGCCGGACAGCUGCUCAAGUGGAUGGACUCCACGGCCUGCUUAUCGGCUGAGAGACAUGCAGGUUGUUCAUGCAUCACUGCAUCGGUGGAUGACAUCAAUUUUGAACACACUAUUGGGGUGGGGAAGGUGGUCAACAUCAUAGCGAAGGUCAACAGGGCCUUUACAUCCAGUAUGGAGGUGGGAAUACUGGUGACAUGUGAGGACCUUUACACUGACAGGCAGUGGAAGGUUUGCCACGCCUUCGCCACCUUUGUUGCCAGACGAACUGAAGCUGGGAAGGUCCAGCUGAAGCAGGUGAUUCCUCACACACAAAUGGAGCAGAUGGAGUACAGCCUGGCAGCCGAGCGGAGGAGGAUGAGGCUCAUCCACGCUGAGAUUAUCACAGACCUACUGAGCAGCAGCACGGCUCAGCUGGGAGAGUGUCAGGAGUAUCAGGACGCUGUGCCAGCCGAGCGGACACGAGUUGAGAGCGUGGAGCUGGUGCUGCCGCCUCACGCCAACCACCAAGUCAGCACGUUUGGGGGCCAGAUCAUGGCCUGGAUGGAGAAUGUGGCGACAAUCGCAGCAUGUCGCUUGUGCAACGCUCAUCCGACCCUGAGGACCAUCGACAUGUUCCAUUUCCGAGGCCCGUCUCACAUUGGAGACCGACUGGUGGUGAAAGCUAUUGUUAACAAUGCCUUCAAGCACAGCAUGGAGGUGGGAGUGUGUGCUGAGGCCUACCAGGGUGGAGAGCCUCUGCGCCAUAUAAAUAGUGCCUUUAUGACCUUUGAGGUGCUGGACAGUGACAGGAAACCACGCACGUUGCCACGACUACGACCUGAGCCUGUGGAUGGAAAAAGACGUUAUCAAGAAGCUAUUGCCAGGAAGAAGAUUCGUCUUGACAGGAAAUACAUUAUCACCUGCAAACAAACUGAAGUGCCCUUGUCUGUACCCUGGGACCCCAGUAACCAGAUGUACCUGAGCUACAACAACGUAUCGGCACUGAAACUAAUGGAUACCAGGAACAACUGGGUAUUAACUUCUGAGAAAAAUAAGGUCAGACUGUACACGCUGGAGGAAAACCACAUGCUGUGUUUUAAGGUGGAAAUGUACGUCAGCGUCCCCGCAGAGCAGACAUUCCACCUACUGUCAGAUCUGAGGAGGAGAAAGGAGUGGGAUCGGCAUUAUGAGGAGUGUGAUCUGAUCAACCAGGCGGACGAGGACGACACCCUUUAUCGUGUAGCUACACCUUCCAUCAAAAAAGGAGGCAAAGGGCAGGACUUUAUCUUGCUGGCGUCUAGAAGGAAACCGUGUGAUUCCAGCGACCCGUAUCUGAUCGCUCUGCGUUCUGUCACUUUGCCCACUCACCCGCCCACUGAGGACUACACCAGGGGAGAGGUGCUCUGUGCUGGCUUCGCCAUCUGGGAGGAGUCCAGCACGCUCACCAAGAUCACCUACUACAACCAGGCUACACCGGGCGUCCUCCCCUACAUCUCCACAGACAUCGCUGGACUCUCCUCAGGCUUCUACAGCGGUUUUUCUGCCUGCAGCCAAUUCCUGGAGGCCAACAAGGACAGUCCGGCUGCUCGGCCGCCUUCUGCAUCCUACAACAGUCCUACCACUCUGUACCUGCAAGAGGAAAUGUAGCAUCAAUAGGAACGUAUAGCGUCACCUCGCGGUUUUCAUCUUGUGUUGUGGAGGAGGUUUGCACUAAUUGAAUGUAACUGUGCAAUUGUGAGAUUACACAGAGCAAUGGAUUUGUAAUUUCAGAGGUUAUUUUUUUAAAGAACUUGCCCCUUGUUUGCAGCAGGGAGAUUAACAGGUAUGCAGGAAGCACAAUGUUUCUGAGGCGCUCUUGGAUUUUAAGCCUCUUAAGUUUUAUUAGAGCUGAUAUAUUAUGGAAAACCUUCUGUGCAAUACUAGUUUAUAGAGAAAUGGAUCAUGUUUUGAUACAUAAUUUGAAAUAUUUAAUACGACUUUUGUCUUGAGAUGUCUUUAAUGAUAUUGCCAGUAUUUCAAUAAACUAAAAUGAGGAUAAAACUACUUUUAAGCUGAGAUGUUUGAACCUUUUUUUGUAGUUAAUAUUGUGUCACCUUGAAUAAAAUCUAAACUAUUUGACUAAACAUUAAAAUAAAAGAACUCUAAUGUGUAUAUUUACUGUAUAAUGAUGGUGUUUGUUUUGGGAUGAUUAUGUUUAGUUUUGCAGAAAUUUACUUGAACUGAUUGUAUAGUAUUUGGACAUUGAAUGGCCAGAAAUCUUUCAUGAGAAACUGUCUUGAUCUGACUGAAAGAAUAAACACAAUAGACCAGUGGA